AUGGCCGCCGAUCUGCCGCUCUACCAGCUGCUGGCGAUCCUCCUCGGCAUCCCGCUCAUCCUAUUCACCACCACCAGACGCCCCCGCGCGGGGGCCUUGCGGCUCCCGCCGGGCCCGUGGGCGCUGCCGGUCAUCGGCCACCUGCACCACCUCGCGGGCGCGCUCCCGCACCGUGCGCUGCGGGACCUCGCGCGUCGCCACGGCCCACUCAUGAUGCUCCGACUCGGGGAGCUCUCCGUCGUGGUGGCCUCGUCCCCGGACGCCGCGCGCGAGAUCCUGAGGACCCACGACACCGCGUUCGCGUCGCGGCCGACGGGCCCCAUGCAGGAGCUGGCGUACCGGGGCGCCAGGGGCGUCAUCUUCGCGCCCUACGGCGAGGGGUGGCGCCAGCUCCGCAAGAUCUGCGCGCUGGAGCUCCUCAGCGCCCGCCGCGUCCAGUCCUUCCGCCCCAUCCGCGAGGGCGAGGUCGGCCGCCUCCUGCGCUCCGUCGCGGCGUCGUCUUCGUCGCCGGUGAACCUGAGCCAGGGGAUCGCGGCGUACGUCGCGGACUCCACGGUGCGCGCCAUCAUCGGCAGCCGGUUCAAGCACCGCGAUGCGUACCUCCGGAUGCUGCAGGAGGGGCUCAAGAUCGUGCCCGGGAUGACCCUGCCGGACCUCUUCCCGUCCUCGCGCCUCGCGCUGCUCGUCAGCCGCGUGCCCGGCCGGAUCGAGCGGCAUCGCCGCGGCAUGCAGCGGUUCAUCGACACCAUCAUCACGGAGCACCGGGAGAACAGAGCAUCCGCCAAGGAGGAGGACGACGACGACGAAGACUUGCUCGAUGUGCUACUGAGACUGCAAAAGGAAGUUGACUCCCGUGACCCACUGACGACAGAGAACAUCAAGACCGUCAUGCUUGACAUGUUUGGCGCGGGCAGCGAGACGUCGGCGACGACGCUGCAGUGGGCGAUGGCAGAGCUCAUGAGGAACCCAAGAGUGAUGCGGAAGGCCCAAGACGAGGUCCGGCGAGCACUGGCUGACCACGGCAAGGUGACAGAGGACAGGCUGACGAGCCUACGCUACCUCCCGCUCGUCAUCAAGGAGACGCUCCGGCUGCACCCGGCGGCGCCGCUGCUGCUGCCGCGCGAGUGCGGGAGCCCAUGCCAGGUGCUCGGGUUCGACAUACCCGAAGGGACCAUGGUGAUCGUGAACGGGUGGGCGAUCGGCAGGGACCCGGCGCACUGGGACAACCCCGACGAGUUCGUGCCCGAGAGAUUCGACCGCGGCGAGAGAGACUUCAAAGGGACGGACUUCGAGUUCAUACCGUUCGGCGCCGGGAGGCGGAUGUGCCCUGGAAUGGCGUUCGGGCUGGCGCACAUCGAGCUGGCUCUCGCCGCGCUGCUCUUCCACUUCGACUGGGAAUUGCCGGGCGGGAUGGCGGCUGAGCGGCUGGACAUGACCGAAGCCUUCGGGAUCACGACUGGGCUCAAGACUGACCUUGUGCUUGUCGCGGUGCCUCGCGUCCCGGUCUCCAUUGUUGAGUAA